UUCUAUUUGUUUUUGUUCCUUCCUUCCUGUCAUGCUGAUAUUGCUUUCAUAUGCUUCAUUGUUUAACCCAGUUGAUCAUUGGUCUUAACAUUAUGAAACUUUACUCAUUAAAUGCCAUCAUUUAUGGAUACUUCUCUCUCUCUCUCUCUCUCUCUCUCUCUUUCUAUACAUAUAUAUAUAUAUAUAUUAUUUUGUGUAGUUCUCUAAAUCCAACAUGUGUUUUCCUCUGCUCACCUAGAUUAUGAAAGUUUUGAGAAGCUAAUUAAGCAAUGUCAUGAAUUAAAACUGUUACAGUGACUUUCCUCUUUUAUUUAUUUUUCUAUUCACUUCAGAAUAGUUGCAUAUGGUCUGUCAUUUUUUGGAUGUUACAAUUCACAAUUUCAUUGUCUUGGCUCUCAGGGCUGCUAUGUAUGCAUCAUUAUUGGUUAUUGUGAAGGAGGAGACAUGGCAGAAGCUAUAAAGAAAGCAAAUGGUGUUCUUUUUUCCGAUGAGGUUGUAGGAACUCCAAGUUAUAUGUGCCCUGAGCUUCUUGCUGACAUACCUUAUGGCUCUAAGUCAGACGUUUGGUCCUUGGUCAGGCCCUCAUCAAAAGCAUGCUGCGGAGAAAACCCAGAACUUCGGCCGAGUUUAUUUCCUGUUCUUUAUUCUUUUUUUUACACUUUCCGAAAAUGUUUUACGUAGGAGAAACAUUAAUAUAAGCAUGCGAAUGAUUUGCCAUUGCCUUAGAUAAUCUAAAUGAUUCCUAAUUCAUUAAUUAGGACUCAGCUAGUUGUGUUUGUUCUAGCUAAUAUAUUGCCAUUCAUAGUCAUCGGCAUAAGCCUUUUCUAGUAAGUUUCUCUAAUAAUUUUAAAUCCCUGUAAUGUAUCUUCCAAAAUUCGAAGCCAAGACAUUUUUAAGGUACUUAUUGGUUUUAUGUUUCAAUUGGAUUUAACUUUUGUGGCUUUGUAUAUAAGGUAGUAAUUUUUUGAUUGAGAAUUGUGAA